AUGCCAGAUAUGUCACAGCCGCUGGCAGAACGAGCGACAACCUUCCCUGCCUUCUCGGCCAAAGCCAAAUACGACGAGUUCAUCACUCCAGACUAUACUCGAGGCUUGCGCAGGGAACUUGCCGUGGCCUUCCUGUCCAUCACAUGGGGAGAGCAAUACGUUGAGCUCGACUCCUUCGGCGAAAAGGUAUUGGAGGAGCAGGGGUAUGUCUGCAAGAGCGCUACUAUCGUCGACGACGACAGCGACGACAACGACAUUACCCGCGCUUUCGAUGGUCCGUACCUGCGGUUCGAGAUCGACUGGGACGCCACCGCUCAGGCCAUCGAGGGUUCGAAAAUAUCGAAACCAGCAGAGCCCACGGAUUUUGACAAGCGGCAACUGUACGCACGAGAUACUGGUGAUCUGGAAGCGGUCAUCGAAGACAUCUUUAAGCGAUACCUUGCCGCAGACGUGGAUGCCAGGUCGGACCCACGUACACGUCUCACGAGUGACGUGGAGGUGUUGAAGAGACUUUGUGAGGACGGUUAUGAGAAGCUUGAGAAGGGCGCUUCAGUAGGAGACGUCCUGGAAGAUGUGGAGGAGAAAUACAAGUGGCUCAUUGAUGCCUUCGGCGUCCUGGACGACGAUGCGGGGAAGGUGUUGGUGGUGGAGGAGACGGUGGCGGACUUUGAUGACGUGCGCGAAGGCAUCGUCAUAGCCGGCUUGGACGAGGUCAUCCCAGCCUUGGGAGGAAAGGCAGAUGAUCCCGUCACUAUCGCUCUCAUGAAGGGGGCCGUCAAUACUGGGACUUGGGCCGUGUCAGAGUCGAAUACAGACGCCCCGACAGACCGUCGUCAGCAUGAAGGCCCGCAGUACACUGUUCUAGUACGAAAGGACAAAAACGGGAAGGUAUUGAUGGUGGAGGAGACGAUAAAGGGCGGCAAAGACGAGGAAAACGAUGAGGGUCUCAUAUCUGGCUUGGAUAAUGCUAUCGAAGCUCUCAAAGGUUCAGUAGAUCGGAUCCCCACCGUACCCAUCAUGGAACGCGCCAUCCGUACUUGA